AUCACAUUCCGAUGAUGUAAACAAACGCGGCUUGGUGUAAAAGUGUCGGGAUUAGUGCAAUAGGUUUUUCGAUUUAUCAGCAAAAUUGGCAGAAGAAACAACGUGCUAUUUGACGCUGUACAGUUUUAAAAGCAUUUCAAGUGAUGGGUGAAGCGAUGGGAGACGGUAAACGCUUCCUGGAGGGUUUAAUCUUGCGGGCGGAGGACGUGCUGGGCAAAAUGAUUUUCAAGAUGCACCACACAGAAGUUCCGUUGGAGGAAAUGGUUCCUUGGAUCAAUUCGGUGUAUGCGUUCGUGAACGCGUGGGAAGCACCCUUGCAGGAUAUAAAAAUUGAUCAGCUGAAGCGGGACGCGGCCGCUUCUAGUCGCCGCCAUGCUGAGGAUGCACUAAUCGAAGAAAUGAACCAACAGUUGGACUGCGGUCGAUCGAAAACGAUCUUUGAGGAGGAGGAGGAAGAUAACAAUAAACCACAACCGCGGGGCGCGGUUGUACGACUCGAGGAAGCUGAACCGGUGUUCGAUUUUCUCGAACGGUCGCUGAAGGAUUAUAAAGUCAACCAAACCGGUCGGUGCGUUAUUUCCUGCCAGGGCACCGCUUCGCGAUCAUUCUGCAUGGUGGAUCGGGACGAUCCCGACUGUACCAAACUGAUUGCUGCGUUGCAGAAUUGCCAUGGUGUGAAACUGGCGCAACUUCCUCGAGCCGAUCAGGUGUUUGGCGUCUACCUGGACGGUUCACUGUUCCGAGCAGUUCGCAACAAACUCGUAGAGGAUUCCACGCUAAAGUUUGCCUACGUCCGGCUGCUGGACACCGGAGAAAUUAUCCAAUACAAGGAGGACAUGAUACUCUGCAGCCUCUCUGAGUACUAUCAAAAGCUGCCAGCAUUUGCCAUUCGUUGCAUCCUAGUUAACAUCCUGGACGAUCCGUUCUGUGACGAUUUGGAUCAGUAUCUCAAAAACGCUCUACACACCGACCAGCACUACAAGGUAGUCUCGGUCGAGGGUCCCAUUCUGUUUCUCAAACUCAGCCAACAACCGAUUUUACUGGCCAACAAAUCACUGCGCGCAUCGCGCACCGAUUCUUCAACGGACACAACACCCACUAAACCGGUACGAGUUAAGCCAAAAAAGAAUAAACCACUUCACUCGCGUAUGGCUUUCUUCAAACCGGACCAGUUGGAACUAUCUAACAACUCACACAGUAUUCGGAUGCCAACGGCAUCCGUCACUAAGGAAGCCGAAAGUGCCUGCCCUUUCUCAAACUCUGCCACAUCCAACUGUGCCAAAGGAGCCCACAGUAAACACGAAGCAGUUCCGGUGACUCCACCUUCCAGCUCACCCGAAACGCCAACCGAAGAACCAUAUCGCUUUUUCCAGAAUGAUACGUCUGAUGUUACAGCUUCUUCUGCUGCUGGUGCUGGUGGUGGAGACAAACAGCAAGACCAGUUGAUCGUGCCACCAAUUGGUUCUAUGGUUUAUUUGGUUGUUAAGUUUAUCAAGGAUGUCGAACAUUUCUGGUGCCACGUGGUGUCGGCUGAUUCCUCUGAUACUGAUCUGAUGGAAUUGGAGCUCAAGCUAAACUCGCCGGAGUAUACGAUGCAUUACCGCAAGCUGAAGCAGCCACCAGAGUUUUGCCAGCGCGUUUUCGCCAAAUACACGGACCGUCGCUGGUACCGGGCCGAGGUGGCCACGUACUUCGAUCCGCAGAAUGUGCUCGUUUUCUACGUCGACUACGGCAAUGCCGAGCUGGUACGGAUGGACCAUAUCCGCGAGUGGGACGAAAACUUCAGCUACCUGCCGUAUCAGGCCGUGUUCUGUCGGUUGGCAAACGUGUGCCGUGUCAGGCCACACCACAAGCAGGCCGUCGUCGAGAUGAAUCGAACCCUGCUGAAUCAGCGUGUGCUGGCGAAGAUUGAAAACAAUCAAACACCGUGGGAAAUAUCGAUUUACGACAAAGAUGGAUUUGAUUUUUCUGUGGCCCUGUUGAUGGCAGGUUUGGCAAAGAAGCGUGUUGAUAAGGCUCCUAAUUCAUCGGAUUCUAGUCGAGCAGAAAAGUCGGACAUCGAUGACAACGAGGACGACGUCGACGACGACGACGAUGAAAUGCGAAUUCCAGUUAUUGGUCCUGCUUAAACCCCUUAAACCCAACUUUUUUUUUGUUUUGUUUUUAUCCUUACCGAACUUCGUUCGGUAAAUCGUUGACUUAAUAUUACAUGAGAGAAAGUGAAAA